UGUCAAAUGUUCUUUGUUUUGAUACAAUUCGUAUCGGAAUUAUUACGGAACUUUGCCUAAAUCUGUUAUUAUUGUGAGGCUUUUGCGUAAAUAAUACAAUAAUUUUGUUAUUUGUGAACAAUGACAGAAACGAAUGAUCCGGAAUCUGCAGACUCUUGCAGUCUUACCGAGGAAGAAGUUGAACCAAAGCUCAAAUAUAUUCGAUUAUCCAAUGAUUUGAAGAAUAUUUUGAGUGAGGAAGCUGUCAGCUGUAUAGCGGUGCAUUCGAAGUUCCUCUGUUUGGGAACACAUUGGGGACGAAUCCAUAUGCUGGACCAUCAGGGCAACCGAGUAGAGACGCCUAUUAAUCUGAAACAGGACCCACAUAUUCUUUCAGUCAACAAAAUUUCUGUUGAUAGUAAAGGUGAACAUAUUGCUACAUGCUCUGACGAUGGAACGAUCAUUAUCAGCGGACUGUACACCGAUGAGAACAACCAGAAAUUUAACACCGGAAAGGUCAUACAAGCCAUUGAGCUUGAUCCGAUGCACCAUAAAUCCGGCUCAGGACGAAGAUUUAUCAUAGGUGACAAUAAACUUGUGCUGUACGAAAGAACAUUUCUGAAAGGUCUCAAAUCGACUGUGCUGAGCGAAUCCGAAGGUCCAGUUAGCGCAAUUAAAUGGAACGGUCAGUUCAUUGCGUGGGCAAGUUCGCUUGGAGUUCACGUAUACGAUUUGAACGAGCGUUGUUCGCUAGGCUUAAUAAAAUGGGAGGAUCCGAAGGAAGGAAAACUCACCGACUUCCGUUGUAAUCUCAAUUGGUCCAAUUCGACUGCUUUGCUAAUCGGUUGGGUAGAUACAAUAAGAAUCUGCGUUAUUAGGAAACGUAAUCCUAUUGAGGUUUCGACUAGAAACCUUCCUACCUACAUUGUUGAUCCAAUGUCUACAUUCCAAACCGACUUUUACGUGAGCGGCAUCGCUCCACUGGAAAGUCAUCAACUGGUCGUGCUCGGAUACCCGAAAGAGCGCGACUCGGAAACAAAUAAGGCAUUGCGGCCUAUUUUGUGUGUGCUGCAAUAUAAAGCUAGUGAUUAUAUCGAAAUCUGUACCGACAGUCUUACGAUGAGAGGCUAUCAAGAAUACAAGUGCGAUGAUUAUCAUUUAGAUUGCCUUAUUGAGGAGAAUCAAUAUUUCAUAGUUUCGCCCAAAGACGUUGUGGUGGCCACUCUCUACGAAACCGACGAUCGGGUGCAGUGGUUGAUCGAGCACGGGAAAUUCGAACAAGCAAUGGAAGUGAUAUCAAAACAUGGGGGCAAAUUUUCGCUGAUAACGGUGGCCCGACUCUACCUGGACCACUUGCUCUCUUUGCAACAGUACGAUGAGGCAGCUAGGUUGUGCCUACAUGCUUUCAAAAAUGACAAACAGCUAUGGGAGGAGGAAGUUUACAAAUUUGUGAAGGUGAAGCAGCUUCGCUCGAUCAGUAAUUACAUUCCACGAUUCGCCGAGUGCAAGCUCAAUCCGCACGUGUACGAAAUGGUUCUCUACGAGUACCUCCAGCUUGAUCCCGGCGGGUUCCUUCGGCUCAUCAAAGAGUGGCAACCUGAGCUGUAUAAUACCAAAGCGGUGAUCAAUGCUAUCAAUGAUCAUUUCAACAAAAAGGAUGCCAACAUUUUGUUGGAGGCGUUAGCAAUUUUGUACACACACAAUAUGGAAUACGGCAAGGCGCUGACAAUGUAUCUAAAAUUACAGCACGAAGAUAUUUUCGAACUAGUUAAGAAAUACGAUCUUUACUCGGUCAUGAAAGACAAGAUUGUGCAACUGAUAGACAUAGAUAGCGAGAAAGCAAUUGCUAUGCUGCUGGAAAAAGGUAAAAUUCCAGCAGAUGAUGUUGUGAAAGAACUCGAGAAUCGGGAAGAUUAUCUAUACCGGUAUCUGGUGGCGUACGAUAAAACAGACAACUCGGGAAAAUUUCAUUGGAAGCUGGUAGGACUAUACGCAAAGUAUGAGCCAAGUACGCUGCUAUCGUUUCUGAAACGAUCGAACAACUAUCCCAUUCAAGAGGCAUUCGAUAUCUGCAAGAAACAGUUGUUCUAUCCAGAAAUGGUCUAUUUGCUCGGUCGGAUGGGCAAUACCAGAGAGGCGCUGUCGAUAAUCAUCCACAAAUUGGAGAAUAUCCAGAUGGCAAUCGAUUUUUGCAAGGAACACGAUGACAUGGAUCUGUGGAACGACUUGAUCAACGAGUCAGUCGAAAAACCCUACAUUAUGACUAAGCUGUUGGAUGGCAUCGCUGGGUUCAUAAAUCCAGAGCUAUUAGUUAAUAAAAUAAAAAAGGGACAGGACAUUCCAGGAUUGAAGGACUCCAUUAUCAAAAUGUUGUGUGGUUUCAGCUUGCAGGUUGCGAUACAGGAUGGAUGCAAUCAAAUUUUGGUUUCCGAUUACUUCAAUUUGCACGAUAGGCUAUCCAAAGUGCAACAGAGAGCACUUGCAGUUACAGGGGAAAACACCUGCGGACUAUGUAGAAGAGAUAUUAUUGUCAAAGAUCAUCAAAGGACCGAAAUAGUGGUUUUCAACUGCCGGCAUUUCUUCCAUGAGAAUUGUUUGCCAGACAAGUAUAAUGUGGAAUUUUGUACAGUGUGUAAGUCGCGAAAACCGUGAUGAAGUAUGUGCUUGAAUAUGUUUGUAAAAAGUGAUACGUAAAUUAUGGAUAAGAAAACCAAAUUAGUCAACGUAUUUUAGCUUUUUGCUGUCUUAUUGUUUCAAUGUAUGCUUAUUUAUUUUUGUAUACAUAAUAACUGAUGUUCAAUCGUUCAAGUGAUUAUAAUAGUUUCAAACGGUUUAUCUUGGAAGUGCUUUCACUGCAACGAAGGAUUUAAUACAACUUUUGAAUAAAACACGAGAUCCAGAA